GGGGGCGUGUUUGACGAGAGCUUCGUUUCGCUUGUAGUUGCUGGUCCAUUUCAUAGCCUCAGCAAUUAGCCACUAUCCUUUUAAAACUGAGACAACAUGGCAACCGCGGCGAGUCGAUAUUACAGCGAGGAGGGUAGGGCGAACAAAAGACAGAAAACCGACGGAAUGUCAACGGGCUAUGAAGACCCCCACAAGACCCUUCCGUCCAUAGUGGUGCACGUCCGAGGCCUGGUUGAUGGUGUUACGGAGUCAGACCUGAUGGAGGCCCUGCAAGAGUUUGGAACCAUCAGCUAUGUAGUGCUAAUGCCCAAGAAGCGUCAGGCGCUGGUGGAAUAUGAGGACAUGAACGGCUCGUCCACGGCGGUAACUUACGGCGCUGACAACCAGGUGUACAUCGCCAGCCACCCGGCCUUCAUCAACUACUCCACCAGCCAGAAGAUCUCUAGGCCAGGUGACUCUGAUGACUCAAGGAGCGUCAACAACAUACUGCUGCUCACCAUCAUGAACCCCAUCUACCCCAUCACCAAGGAGGUACUCUACACCAUAUGCAACAACUGCGGCCCUGUUCACAGAAUUGUCAUCUUUAGGAAGAAUGGUGUGCAAGCCAUGGUGGAAUUUGACUCUGUGCAAAGCGCCCAGCGAGCCAAAGCAUCUCUCAACGGAGCUGACAUCUACUCUGGAUGCUGCACGCUAAAGAUCGAAUACGCCAAGCCUACUCGGUUGAAUGUGUUCAAGAAUGAUCAGGACACUUGGGAUUACACCAAUCCCAAUUUGGGUGGACCAGACGACAUGGGUGCCAACCCCAACAAGCGUCAGCGCCAGCCUGCCCUCCUGGGCGACCACCCCCCGGAGUACAGUAAGUCAAUCACUUCCACAACGUGCAUAAGGCACAAUCCUCAUCCUGUGUCUCCAAGCAAUAGCUUUUGUCUGUCAUAUCCAACAUUUGGUGGUUACCACGGCUAUGACGAGAGCUACGGCUCGUCGCCCUACGAGAGCCGCCGAAUGGGACCUCCGAUGAGGGCCCGCGGCAGUAGAAGCUACCAGCCCAACUACGGUCCCCCGCCACCACCUCCCGGCGAGUACGGGGCCCACGCAGACUCACCAGUGGUCAUGGUCUACGGACUGGAGCCUGAAAAGAUGAACGCCGACCGCGUCUUCAACAUAUUCUGUCUGUAUGGCAACGUGGAGCGGGUCAAGUUCAUGAAGAGCAAACCGGGUGCCGCCAUGGUGGAGAUGGGUGACUGCUACGCUGUGGACCGCGCCAUCACGCACCUCAACAGCAACUUCCUGUUUGCGCAGAAGCUCAACGUGUGCGUCUCCAAGCAGCAGGCCAUCGUGCCAGGCCAGUGCUAUGAGCUGGAGGACGGCUCUAGCAGCUUCAAGGACUUCCACGGUUCCAGGAACAAUCGCUUCACGUCGCCCGAGCAGGCGGCGAAGAAUCGCAUACAGCACCCCAGCAACGUGCUGCACUUCUUCAACGCCCAGCCUGACGUGACCCCUGAGAUAUUCUCUCAGAUCUGUGAGGACCUCGGCGUCAAGUGCCCCGUCAACGUCAAAAUGUUCACAGGCAAGAGUGGCGGUGCUCCGAGCGACCGUAGCGCUUCCGGGCUACUGGAGUGGGAAUCAAUCAAUGAUGCCAUGGAAGCUCUGGCCUUGAUGAACCACUUCCAGAUGAAGAACGCAACCGGUCCGUACCCAUACACCCUCAAGCUGUGCUUCUCCACCGUUCAACACGGCAACUGCUGAAGACGCUUUGGGGUUUCAAGUUGGUAUGGUGCAGUUUGUGCGAGGGUGGAAAUGUUUUAUUUAAGUGUCGCAGUUACAAUAUCGAGGUUUGAAGCUGUCUUUUUGGUUUUGCUUUCUGCUCAUGGUGAGUCAAUUGAUUUUAGGGUUGACGGCGUUCUUUUCACGAUGGUGAAUUGGAGCUUUUAUUUUGACACUUGAAUUUUUAUGUAGUAAUGUCAUAGUUUUGUUGUAAGAAAAUAAAAGAAAUACUAAAAGU